ACGGCGGUGACGCACAAGCUUCACGAACGAACCGGAUCACGCAGACUCUGGCGUGUCUUGUCACUAUUAUAUGUGCCUGUCACCGUUACUGGAGUCGGUUGUUCAUCCAAGCUUUAACAAGUUUCGUUGCUUUCAUGUUGUGCAGUGUACGUGAGCGUUAAAGUGCAGAAGAGAAAACGGGAGGCAUGUGAAGUUACUGUCACUUUCACCAGAGAUGGAGAAUUCAGUUGAAGAUGAGUGCGCUGAUUCGGGAGCGGAGACCGGAGGCUGUGAACGAUGAAAAGAUGCAUCCUGGUUUGUUUAUAGGUCUGACUACAGUCUUAUGUCAUCAGCAAGCAGUGAUUUGUCCAUGGGGGACCUACAAGAUCCUUUCCUAGUUUCUAUCCACAUCAUCACUGACCCCGGUCAGGCCAAAACGCUCCAGCAAGCCGCUGAUCAGGUCCUCUCCUGGCUCCACCCUGAUCUCACCCUCUUCAGGGUGUCAGAACGGGCAGGAGGUCUCUCUCGAAAGCCCAAGGUCCGCCUCCAGCGCGUCACCGAACCACCAUCGCACCAGCCAGCCUUGGCUGUAAUCCUGUUUCUACAGGAUGAAUAUGGAGGUGAAGAGAGUCUUGAACGUCUCCACAAUCAGCUGAGAUGCCCACCGUGGCGAUACCACCACACAGAGCGGGUGAACAGGCGAGGCCUCUUACCAUUUUCUUCAGCCAGCCAGGACUUUGUUACUCUUGCACCAGGCACACCACUAUGGGCGCUUCGCCAGGUGCACUACGGCAAAGAAAUUGUGCGCUUUACAGUCUAUUGUCGCUACGAGACCUACACCGAACAGGUGCGUCUGUACAGGUUGCUCCUGCGCCGAAGGCUAGCCCAGAAGAAGGAGGAUUUCUGUUUCUGUGUAGUCUACUCCAACCCUGAAACAGAAAUCCAGCUGUCAUUCAAGCGGAUGCCCCAUGGCCAGAACCCCGUCCCCACUGAAAAUGCUGUGAUGGAGAUCAGAGUAAGGGAUAUCGGUGAACUUGUGCCACUGCUGCCAUGUCCCUGCACGCCUAUCAGCGACGUCCGCUGGCAAACAAAUGAUUAUGAUGGGAAUAAAAUAUUGCUACAGGUUCAAGGUUCACGGUAUUACCGCAAGCACACUAUUGCGAAGUUCUGUCACCUUCCUCCUGAUGAUCCUCCGGUUACCUCCCCUCCUCCACCCGAGCUGCCCCCUCCACCUCCUCCACCAUACGGCCGCGGGCCCGCCUCCUAUCGAAAUCGCCGUUAUCACCGGAACUCAUCGCAUUCGCGGACCCAGACCCUUCCGUCUCCGGUCGCCUCCAGGACACCCACGCUGUGCGAUCAGGAGGGCCGCAUGGAGAGGCUCCAGAGGGAUGUGGAACUCUUACGGGCGGGAUGGACAGGCCAUCGCACACAGUCCCUCUUUUCUCUGCCUACAGAUGAGUCCCGCUCCUCGUGUGCCUCUCCGUCAAGCUUCCGUCCUCGCUGCUUCUCUUCAAUGGCUGCUCCAAUUUUCCGUGUCAAUGUCGAUACACUAGUGGGAGCCGAAGAGACGGAUGUGGACACGGGACAGACCAUCAGCGGCAGCUCUGUGGACCUAUCGGUGGUCUCAGGUUAUUCCCAUCCACAGCUGAGGCACCAUUUAAAGGCCCCAGCACUGCGGCCCAAGUCUGCUCCUCCAACAGACGGAGGUCUUGACUUUGCUGAUCUGACCUAUAAUAAUGCCUCCUCCAUAAGACAGACUCCUUUACUGUCUAGAACACAGAGCAUCUCUGCUAAAUCCACACCUUGUGUAGUACACAAACCACAGCCAAAGAAUGUGAAAGAUGUGUUGCAGGACAAAGGGCAGCAGAAGAGCAAUGGCAUUGUGACAGUAGAUGAUUGUAAUCAAGAAGGCAUUGCAGAGGAAGAGCAAGAAUUUUAUAUCUGAAACAUGCAGGACAAUCAUCUCAUCAGCAUGUAUGCAGGUCUUAAAGAGGGAUUGUUUUUAGGUCUUCUAUAAUUGCAAGCAGCUGAGUAUUUAAAUAUGGAAAACCCUUAAACAAAUUGUUCAUCCAAAAAUGAAAAUUCUUUCAUGAUUAAACUCGUAAAACUCACCUGAAACACAUAUUAAGAUAUUUUAAUGAAACCUGAGAUGGUUCAUUGAAAGUCCAGGUAAUCAAAAACGUCAGGUCAUAAAGGUGUUGACAAUUAAUUGCAGUUUAUUAAGUCUUGUGAAGAGGUAUGAUCACUUUAUAUGAGCAGAUUUAAUUGACUUUCAAUGGAGGGACAGAAACAUAGGUUUAAUUAAAAUAUCAAAAUUUGUGUUCUGAAACGGGUUUGGAACGACAAAGGGGUGAGUCAAGGAUGACAGAAUGUUUGGGUGAACUAUAUUUAAGCUUUUGUUCUACAGUGAAUUGUUUAAUUAGCAACAGACCAUGCUUAAAAAAUGUGCAUUCAUAAUGAAUGACUUUAAGACUGAAUGAAAUUGACUUGUAUUUGUUGUAUGUUGUGGUAUUCUGUAGUGUUUCAUAAUAGUUUUAAUAACAAAAGAGCUUCAUUGUUUAUGUCAGAGAGCUCAGCGAAGAAUAAAACUCUGCCACCUAGUGGUUGAACAUGUUAACUACACAGGCGCUAGACACUUGUGUCAUGAGGCAGGUCACUCAUUAUUAGAGAAAAUAUUGAAAUUUCCACAGUUUGUACAGUUUCACUAUUUGUUCCGUGUAAGAAAAUUGUGUGUUUCUGACCUGAAUGUAAUGCUUUACAUUAUCACACAUUUUAAAUUAUAUGUACAUAUUUUGUUUUAAUGACCUCUCAGUGACAGAUGUCAGUGCUCUGUGCAAAAUAUCAAUGAUUAUAUGGAUAGACAAGAAAAUAAUCAAGGAACUCAUUAAUGUCUGUGUUUACAAAUAUAAAAUUAUGGUGUGAAUUACUUGCUGUUUAUGUUGUAAAAACAAAACCCAAAUAAUUAUUAUGGUUAUUAUAGGGGUUAGCAGCUGUUUCUCUGUGGGAAAAUAAAUAAAUAAUAAUAAAUAAUGAAUUCUUACAACAAUUGG